AUGCAUGACUACAAAGUCUCUAGGCUUUUUGAUAUUCCUUUUAAGACAAAACAUGUAAUCAUAAGGCAGGAAGUUAUGUGGAGUCCACCACCUGCUAAUAAGGUUAAAUUCAAUUGUGAUGGUUCAACUGUAGGGGCUCAGUCUUGUGGGGCCGUUGGAUUUGUCAUCAGAGACUCUAAUAGUACCUUUCUAGGAGCCAUUUCUAGUAACAUAGGGCAUGCUACUGCUCUUGAAGCAGAAUUCUCUGCUUGCUUACUAGCUAUUGAAACUGCUAUGGAGAUGCAACUGAACCAAAUAUGCUUGGAAACCGACUCUAUUAGAGUGGUCAAUGCUUUCAGAAAAAACACAGGGAUUCCCUGGCAGAUGAGAGUUAGGUGGCAUAACUGUUUGAAAUUCUGCAAUAAUAUUGACUGUUCUUGUGUCCAUGUGCUCAGGGAAGGGAAUCAGGUUGCAGAUGCCUUAGCAAAGAAUGGACAGGGUCUCGCGAUGUUCUCCUCUCAAUGGUGGUCCACACCCCCCACUUCCAUUCUAGCUAUUCUUUAUAGGGAUAGUAUAGGGUUAGCUUACUCUAGACUAUCUACAGUUAAAUUUUGCCCUCCCUUUGUUUUUGAGGUGCUUUUUGCUGUUUUUGCUCUGUUUUUUAAACUGUUUGAUGUAAGUGGUUCAGGCUGCACCUGGUUUUUCUAA